GAUUCCUCCUCACUGGCUGCUUCCUACUGUACCUCACCGCGAACUAUUUUUUUUUUUUUUUUUUUUUUUUUUUAACAAUCUCUGGAUAAAUGAUCUACAAACGCAAUGAUAAGAUAUCGCAGCCGAUAAAGGGUUGAUGUUUUCUUACCGAGCGCCCGCAGGGUCGCUUUCAAGCCUGACCGCCAACAGCUCACCACCGCAGCCCGCCUCUUGAACGGGCCGAUCGAUCGCCUCGGAGACUAACGAGACGAGCGCGCCGGAUUCCACCGGGGCUGCCAGCGGUCGAGCGGAGCUGCCUCUCUGUUGCCUGGAGCCUGCAUUGCCAUGGAUACGGAGUCCACCUAUUCUGGCUAUUCCCAUCACUCUGGGCGCUCCCGGGGAUCACAUAGGCAUGGAGAGCGAAGCCGAGACCGACACAAGUCACGCAGCAAAGACAGCCGCUCUGAAAAGUCGGUCACAAUCAACUCGCCGCCCGCCGAGCCGCUGCUGGGCGACUCCUCCGUGCGGGGCGAGCAGGUUCAGGAUGACAACUGGGGAGAGACGACCACCGCCAUCACAGGCACCUCAGAGCACAGCCUCUCCCAGGAGGACAUCGUCCGCAUCACCAAAGACCUCGAGGACAGCGUUGGUCUCGACUGCCGCCGCUACGUCACCCGGACCAUCGCUGUGAUCCUAGGCCUGUUGGUGUUCUUCACGCCGCUGGCCUUCCUUGUGUUGCCUCACAUCCUUUGGCCAGAGAAGCUGAAGAGCUGCGGGACGGCCUGCGAGGGCCUCUUCAUCUCCGUGGCCUUCAAGCUGCUCAUCCUGCUGCUCGCCGUUUGGGCGCUCUUCUUCAGACCGGCGCGGGCGGGCCUCCCGCGCGUCUUUGUUUUCCGGAUCCUACUUGCUGUGCUGGUAUUCCUCUUCGUCGUCUCCUACUGGCUCUUUUACAGUGUCCGGAUACUCGACUCACAAGACGAUAACUACCAGGGCAUUGUACAAUACGCGGUGUCCCUGGUGGACGCGCUGCUCUUCAUCCACUAUCUGGCGGUCGUCCUUCUGGAGCUCCGGCAGCUCCAGCCAUGCUUCUCCGUGUGCGUCACGCGCUCCACGGAUGGAGAGACGAGGCACUACAACCUCGGACAGCUCAGUAUUCAGCGGGCCGCCCUGGCCAUCAUAGAGCACUACUACUGUGACUUCCCCAUCCAUAACCCAGCUCUGCUUUCUGCCUCCAAGUCCAGAGCUGCCAAGCACCUGGCGGGCCUCAAGGUCUACAACGUGGAUGGUGAGUUCCCAGCAGGCCCCGCUGAGGGUCCAGGGAACCCCGCUGCUGCGGGAAUUGCCCAGUCCCAGUCCAGAGCCAUGAUCGCUGCCGCAGCGAGGCGACGCGACACCAGCCACAACGAGCUCUACUAUGAGGAGGCGGAGCAUGAGAGGCGUGUCCGCAAACGCAGGGCACGAUUGGUAGUAGCAGUAGAGGAAGCUUUCACCCACAUCAAGCGUAUGCAGGAGGAGGAGCCCAAGAAGGCUCCAGGGGACGUAAUGGACCCCAGAGAGGCAGCUCAAGCAAUCUUCCCCUCCAUGGCGCGUGCCCUGCAGAAGUACCUGAGGACCACCAAGCAGCAGCACUGCCACAGCAUGGAGAGCAUCCAGCAGCACCUGGCCUUCUGCAUCACCAACAACAUGACGCCCAAGGCGUUCCUGGAGAGCUACCUGACGCCAGGACCCACCCUGCAGUACGGGAAGGACCACUGGCUGGACCGCCGGUGGACGCUGAUCAGCGAGGCGUCGGUCACCAGCGGCCUGAAGGACGGGAGCGUCUUCGUGCUCAAGUGUGUGGACUUCAGCCUGGUGGUGACGACCAAAAAGAUCCCCUACAUCCAGAUGUCAGAGGAAUACAUCGACCCCAAAUCUCACAAGUUUGUCCUGCGACUACAGUCUGAAACCUCAGUGUAGGACGGCAACAGUUGUUUGUUUUUUUUAUUCCUCACCAUGUCACAUUGCUUUCAAAUGUUGCUAUCUAGGGUUUGAAGUUUUUAUAUGUACUUUUCAUUUUUUAAUAUAUAUAUAUAAAUGAAUUUAUAUAUCACACAUUUGAAAUUUAAGAUAUUUUAAUGUUCAACUUGGUGAAAAGAAGAAAUGUUGCAGGAUUUUGCUCACGGGUUUGAUCGACCAAUUAGGUUGUGCACAAUACUGUAUGCAUGAGUGUACCUUUCCUUCAAAAGUUAACUUUUUCACAUUUUUACACUAAAUAGUUGCAAUAUUGACACCUUUACUGGGAUUUUAUGUGAG